AUGGCCGCAUCAAUCAAGAGUGUCCCCAGCGCCGCCGUCCUCGAGGCAGCCAAAGCCCGCUUCCUCGCCCGCAACCCCAACUCCCUCCGCCUCCACAAAGAAGCCGCCCUCAGCAUGCCCGGCGGCAACACCCGCACCGUCCUCCACACCGCGCCCUUCCCCGUCAGCAUGUCCCGCGGCGAAGGCUACCGACUCUACUCCGAAGACGGCCACACCUACACAGACCUAACCGCCGAAUACACCGCCGCCCUCCUCGGACACUCGCACCCGCGCCUCCUCUCCGCCAUCACGUCCACCCUGCACGACACGGGCCUCAGCCUCGGCGCCUCGACGCGGCACGACGCCGCGCUCGCGCACGCGCUCUGCGCGCGCUUCCGGCUCGCCCGCGCCCGCUUCUGCCCCUCGGGCACCGAGGCCAACCUGCACGCGCUGGCCGCCGCGCGCGCCCACACCGGGCGCUCCAAGGUCGUCGUCUUCGCUGGCGGGUACCACGGCGGGGUGUUGGCGUUUCCGGCUCCGCACGGGAUCGCUACGCCGAGUACGGUGGAUCGGGGGCGGUGGGUCGUGGGGCGGUUCAAUGACGACGCGCGGGGGGUGAGGGAGGUUGUGAUGCGCGAGAAGGGCGGGGAAGAUGUGGCGGCGGUGCUGGUCGAGGGCAUGCAGGGGGCGGCGGGGUGCGUGCCGGGGAGGAAGGACUUCUUGCUCGCGGCGCGCGAGGCGGCGCGCGAGGCGGGCGCCGUGUUCGUGCUCGACGAGGUGAUGACGAGCCGGAUGGGGAGGCGCGGGCUGCAGGGGGAGCCGGGGCUGGAGCUGGAGCCGGACCUGACGACGUUUGGGAAGUGGCUGGGCGGGGGGUUGGCGUUUGGCGCGUUCGGCGGCAGGGAGGACGUCAUGGCCGUGUUUGAUCCGACGAGGGAGGGGGAGGGGGCGUUGGCGCAGAGCGGGACGUUCAACAACAAUUCGUUGGCUAUGCGGGCGGGCUUGGUGGCUUUGACGGAGGUGUUUACCAAGGACGUGGCGGAGGAGUUCAUGCGGGUUGGGGAGGCGUUUUUGAGGAGGCUGAGGGAGGUCACGGCGGGCACGAAGGCGACGUUUACUGGGGUGGGGACGGUGCUUUGCUUGCAUGUUACAGAUGAGGGCGUCAGGGAUAUUGUGCGGGCGGGCGAGAUAGAGGAGAGAGAUGAUCUGAAGGACAUCUUCUGGAUGGAGAUGAUGGAGGAGGGCUUCUGGAUUACGAGGCGUGGGAUGAUUGCGCUGAUUCUGGGGACGCCCGAGAGUGAGUUGGACAGAUUCGUCGAGUGCGUAAAGGCGUUCCUUGAGAGACAUAGAGAUUUGAUGGCACUGUAG